AUGGACUGGUCUCUCUGUUCUCUCCGAGAUCUACCUGUGUUACUAGAGCACGGCAUGGGUUCUUGUCUUCACGACUCACCUCUGGACGGUCACACCUCCCUACUUCAUGCAUCCAUGACAGGAUCGCAGCCAGCUAGCGUUGUCCGUGUCUUCAAUGGGGAUCAGUUGAGGCCGGGCAAGGUGCCUGAACCGCGGCGCACGACACCAACCCAGAUCACGGAAUCACUUUGUGGUAACGGGAAACUGGAUCCCGGUGAGGAGUGUGACUGCGGCACCAGGUAUUGGCUGUCUCAUUGA